AACCAAGGCCCAGUCCCGAUGAAGAGGGCCGCCGUACCUCCAUCACCUCCUGGCCCCACUGCGGAACCCACUGCGGAGGCGGGGGCCGGGGCCAGAGGCGGCUCUGCAGCGCCCCUUUGAGGCUAGGGCCUCCGCAGCGAGCCGGGCUGCCCGUUCUCCUUCACCGCUCCCGAGCUCCUCCACCAUUUCUGCAGCCCCGCCCAAGUGGGUAGCCACUAAGGCGCCUGCGCCAAAUUUGCUCCAUCCCAGCCUAUCAACCAACAGGAAGUUAAUAGGUUUCCCAUAGUGCCUCGCGAGUGGAGGGGUUUGAUUGCACUCCUAGGAGGGCUGAAUACAGGUUCAAGUUGUCUUUGUUGGGGUUGUCGUGUCGGGCCUGGGUGCGCUACGAGAUUGCGGGUCCGUCACUGCCUGCUCCGGCGGGUGCAAUGCCGCUUCUUCGGGGUGUGUGGGGCGUGCUGAGUGCCCUGGGAAAGUCGGGAGCGGAUCUCUGCGCGGACUGUGGGAGCCGACUGCGCUCCCCUUUCAGUUUUGUGUAUAUACCGAGAUGGUUUUCAUCUACCUUAAGAAGUUAUCCAAAGAAGCCUAUGACUUCAUAUGUUCGCUUUUCUAAAGAACAGCUACCCAUAUUUAAAGCUCAGAACCCAGGUGCAAGAAAUUCAGAACUGAUUAAAAAAAUCGCAGAGGUAUGGAGGGGACUUCCUGAUUCAGAGAAAAAAGUAUAUGAAGAUGCUUACAAGGCAGACUGGCAGGCGUACAAACAAGAGCUAAUCAGAAUUGAAGAAGAGCUAACUCCAAGUCAGAGGGUAACUUUAGAAAAAGAAAUGAUGCAAAAACGUUUAAAAAAGAAAUCGAUAAUAAAAAAGAGAGAGUUAACACUGCUUGGAAAACCGAAAAGACCUCGCUCAGCUUAUAACAUUUUUAUAUCUGAACGCUUCCAAGAAGCUAAGGAUGGUACCUCACAGUUAAAGCUGAAGGCUGUAAAUGAAAGCUGGAAAAAUCUUACUAGUUCUCAAAAGCAAGUAUAUAUUCAACUUGCUGAAGAUGAUAAAGUUCGUUAUUUUAAUGAAAUCAAAUCUUGGGAAGCACAGAUGGUUGAAGUUGGACGUGAUGAUCUUCUUCGUCGCAAAGUGAGGCCCCCAGCCAAAAGCACUGAGGAGUGUUAAAUGGAAGAUUGAGUUAUGAUCAUGCUGGAUAGACACAAGAAACCAGUUAGGUCUCAAUGUCUGAAAUUCUUAGAGAAUUAGAAGGAUAAAGUUGGUAAACAUUUUAUACUUAAUUUCUUUGUCUUUAUGCCAUGGACUUCUGCCAGUCCAAUACAUUUUGUAUUGGUAUCUUACUUUGGAAAACUGAAACAUAACAAAAGUUCGUGUGAAGUUUAUUUUGUGUUUAGAAACUGUAGAGGAUCAAGAUAAUCCAUGAAAUGUAUCAGUAACCAUUUUACCUUUGAUAAAGGUGACUCAGACUGUGAAGGUGUUUUAUAACACUUGAUGGCUAUGGCAAGGACAUUCUUGUCUCCUUAUAUUAUGGAGGCAGGGUUUCCUAUUCAGGAGUGUCCCAAAUUGUAGAGCCAUCGUGUUCUGUGAGUAAUAGUGCAUUUUUUUAAAGAGCACCCAGAACCCAUUUAGGUAAAUUCCAAUUUGUAGAUAUAAUUUACAUUCAGGACUAAUGGUUGUACAGGCAAGGGCUUGCUGGUUUCAGCUGCAAAUUUUUGUACAAGAGAUGGACAGGUUUGUAAGCCUUUUCCUCAUUGUCUUUUUUCCUAAAGUAAAAACUAAGGCGUUAUGUACUAAAUCUAUGCAUAUUGUUUUAUAUUGCAUAGAAUUAAAUUUUUGUUUCCUAAUUACAUGUUAAAGGUGAAACAUUUGUUUUACAGCUUCUUUUUUUUUUUCUUUUAAAGUAGGGAUAUGUCUUACUUUUUCUCUCAUGUGAGUGUAUUUAUCCAGAAAGUAGAGAACUUGUCUGGUAAGUUUUAAAAUGAGAGAUUGCCAAAACAGAAGUCUCCAAAGUCUCUGGACCUGGAACCUAUCUUUUUAAAAUGUUUUAUAUGACAUAAAAGACAUAUAAGGACAGCCAACUCUAGCCUGUGGGCCCAGUUCCACCCACUGCCCCUUUUCAUGGCCUGUGAGCUCAGAAUUUUGUUUACAAUUUUUAAUGGUUAAAAAAGCAUAUUUUAAGACAUGAAAAUUAAUAUGAAAGUCAAUGUUUAUAAAUAAAGUCCUGUUGGAAUACGGCCAUACUCAUUCAUUUACUUUUUAUUUAUGGCUGCUUUUGUGCACCAGUGACAGAGUUGAAUAGUUGCUUCAGAGACUGUGGAGUCUUCAAGACCUAAAAUACUUACUGUCCGGCCCUUUAUAGCAACAGUUUGCCAACCCAGGGCCUGCAGCAGAGUGUGGUGUGGUGAGCGUUCCAGUCCACUGAUGUGAUGGAAUAGGUGUUCUGACCAACUCAGAGGUUCUUAUUUUAGAAUUUGUCAGCCCUGUCGUUAGGAGGAAAGAGGUCAAAUCACAAAAACUAAACUGUUGUCCCACAGUGUUAGCAAGCAAAAUGAUCUAGUUUCAAAUUAUGUUGUGUCAUAAUAAAAGAGUUCCAUCUGGAGUGGAAUGAGGAUCUAUUAAAUAAUUUGCUGUGCAUAGGUAAAGUGAACCUUAAGAGUUUUCUAGUUAGCACAACAAAAACUUUACCAUCUUUUAGCAUUUGUUUAUCCCCUUAAGAGAGUUAAGCAAAAGUUUUCAGAAUUCACACUACCUUUUUGAUCAAAAUAAUUCAUCUUUCAUCAUCAGUUCAUAAUAAUAGGGUAACUCAAAAUUUAUAUGUACCUUAUGUUGCACAAACUAUUUAGGAAUUCUCAAUUCUAGAUCUCCAAAAAAAAUUUUUGAAGAUUUUUGUUGCUCGUGGAUAGAAAAUAAGUGGUCAUGCCUUGCUCUACACUGAAGUUAACAAAGGUAUGGACUAACGAGAAAAGUGAAACUUAGUAGGAAGCAUAAACUUGAAGUUGGGUGUUUUCAAACAGUUUCCUCCCGUGGUUGUGAAUAUGGGACGAAGUCUGCUGUUAGGUAGACCCCAUGAGGAGAGGGGCUGGGGGAGAAGAGGUGUGCUGGGGUCUAUCACAGUCUUCCUCAGCUGGGUCUCUGGGAGAGAUGAAGCUCUAAUUCUGUGUGACAUUUAGAAUGGUACUGAUUAUGUACCCUACUUAGGAGAAUGAAGAAAAUCAUUGAAGUCAUUUAUGGUGUUCUGUGUAUCAGGUAAGCCCAGGAAGCACAUAGGAGUCAAUAUGUGUAAUACAGGAUAGGUGAGCUUGAGAAAUGAGUUUUGUAAACAUCUGGAAGAUAAGUAUAUACAACAUUUAAAAUUACCUUCUUCUGAGCUCUUAGCAUUCAACUACAUAAGCUAUUUCAUACAGAAUACAUUCAAAUCAUAUUUUUCCAAUUAGGAUGUUCAGUGUCUAGUAAGUUCUCAAGUAUAUAGGAGAAAAAAAGUAUGAAACUGUGCCUCGACUGGUAUGGUUCAGGUGGGAAGCAUCCCACAAAGUCUAAGGUCACUGAUUUCGAUUCCUGGUCGGGACACAUGCCAGGGUUGUGGGUUCAGGGCACCAAUGACCACGUAUCGUUUCCCUCCCUCUCUCUCUCUCUUCCCCUCCACCUCCCAAAAGUGAAACAGUGAAAAGAGCUAAAGCAGAACCAUUUUAUGAUAAUACCAAUUUUUGUUUGGUUUCUUUUUUUCGUAAAUGAAUGUCAUUGUUAAUGCUUUCAAUAUCAUCAUCUGGUUCCAUACCUUGAUAAACUUCAGUACAUGUUGAAGAUUGGUAUGCCAUGUAGCAAACACCUUCCAGUUUAACAACAUGCACAUUUUCUUUAUUUUAUUUUUAUUUUUCUUUAUUGUUUUGAGAGAAAGGGGUAGAGGCAGAAAGAAAUUGACUUGUUCCACUUAUGUAUACAUUCAUUGGUUGACUCCUGUCUGUGUUCUGACAGGAUCGAACCUGUAACCUUGGCAUGUCUGGACGAUGAUAUAACUGAGUUACCUGACCAGGGCUAAACUCUGUUGUAAAGAAUAAGAACUUACAUCAGUAACCAGUAGCCACUCGUACAAAGCCUUUCUUUUUAGACUAAGUUGACCUAACAAUUUGUUAGGACAAAUUACUAACAAAUUAGUAAUUUGUUACUAAUUAAUUACUAGUAAAUAAUUUAGCUGUAGGAGCUAAAGAACAGUGCUAGGUGGACAGAUAUUGAAGAAAUGAAGCAAAGCUGUGCUUAUGCUGUUCUGAGCAUGUGUUCAGAGUCAGGAGAUUUCUAUACUUUUGUUCACUGGAGUACCUGUCUUAAGUUUGAAAUAAUUAGAUGACUGGAGAGGGUUGUGUGAUAAUUCUACUUACUGAUGUUUAAAGGUAUUGGCCCUGCCUGGUAUAGCUCAUGGAUUAAGCAUGGGCCUGUGAAGCAAAGGGUCACAGGUUCAAUUCCCCAUCGGGGUACAUGCCUGGGUUUCAGGUCAGGUCCCCAGUAGGGGGAGUGCAAGAGGCAACCAUACAUUGAUGUUUCUUGCCCUCUCUUGCUUCUUCCGUUCUCCUCUCUCUAAAAAUAAAAUACAUAAAAUCUUUUAAAAAAUAAAGGAUAUUGUGUGAAGAUUCAGCCUGCUCUAAUCAUGUAAUUUUGCUAUUGCUUUUGACUACUUUCUUGAAGAUGCGGUUUUUUAAAAACAAGGUGUAUAUUUUUAUAGAUCCUAUGAAUGUGUGUGUAUUUAAAUUUCUG